CGUAGAUCUUUCUAGAACUCCCACCUCUUAUUAAGCUCCCCCUCUCUCACUCCUCCCCCAAUUCGACGCGCAUUUCCACUCUCUCAUCGGCGAUUGUGAUCAAUUUCAUCGGCGAUUAACUCUCAAGCUCGGAAUUAAUGGAGGACGAUUUCGAUAUGCCGGCGGCGGAAGGGAUGGAGGAGGACAUGGAUCUGCCGGAUGCCGCCGGCACCUACAUGAAGGUCGGAGAGGAGAAGGAGAUCGAUCCGCAGGGUUUGAAGAAGAAGCUUGUUAAGGAAGGGGAAGGCUGGGAGACUCCGGAUAACGGCGACGAAGUUCACGUGCAUUAUACUGGAACGUUGCUGGAUGGGACCAAAUUUGAUUCUAGCCGCGAUAGGGGAGAUCCUUUUAGCUUCACUCUCGGCCAAGGUCAAGUAAUUAAGGGAUGGGACCUAGGUAUCAAGACGAUGAAGAAGGGUGAGAAUGCCAUCUUCACCAUACCCGCACAGUUGGCAUAUGGUGAAUCUGGCUCUCCCCCAACCAUCCCGCCAAAUGCUACCUUGCAGUUCGACGUUGAGCUACUAUCCUGGGUCAGUGUCAAGGACAUCUGCAAGGAUGGUGGCAUAUUCAAGAAAGUUCUCAAAGAGGGAGAAAAAUGGGAGAACCCCAAGGAUCCUGAUGAUGUGCUUGUCAAUUAUGUGGCGAAGUUGGAAGAUGGAACUGUUGUAUCCAAAGCAGAUGGCGCGGAAUUUACUGUUGAGGAAGGCCUUUUCUGUCCUGCUCUUGCCAAGGCUGUGAAGACGAUGAAGAAAGGCGAAAAAGUUCUUCUUACUGUCAAGCCACAAUAUGGAUUUGGUGAGAAAGGGAAGUCAGCCUCUGGUAAUGAGGGAGCUGUUCCCCCCAACGCCACCUUGAAUAUUGAACUGGAAUUGGUUUCCUGGAAAACGGUAUCCAAUGUCACAGAUGACAAGAAAGUGGUGAAGAAGAUACUGAAAGAAGGGGAGGGAUAUGAGCGCCCGAACGAAGGAGCUAUAGUUAGAUUGAAAUUGGUUGGAAAGCUUCAGGAUGGAACUGUUUUUGUUAAGAAAGGUCACGGUGACAAUGAAGAUGACCUUUUCGAGUUCAAAACAGAUGAAGAGCAAGUUGUCGAGGGAUUGGACAGGGCUGUGACAACAAUGAAGAAGGGAGAGGUAGCAUUGUUGACUAUUGCCCCGGAGUAUGGGUUCGGUGCAACUGAGUCGAAGCAAGAACUGGCCACAGUUCCUCCCAACUCGACUUUAAGCUAUGAGAUCGAGCUUGUAUCCUUUGACAAGGAGAAGGAGUCUUGGGACAUGAGCACACCAGAAAAAAUCGAAGCUGCUGGUAAAAAGAAAGAAGAAGGCAACACGUUGUUUAAGGCCGGGAAAUACGCCAGAGCCUCCAAGAGAUACGAGAAGGCUGCCAAGUUUAUCGAAUAUGACACUUCUUUCACUGAGGAGGAGAAGAAACAGUCCAAAGCUCUCAAAGUAUCGUGCAAGCUGAACAAUGCUGCUUGCAAGCUGAAACUGAAGGACUACAAGGAAGCCGAGAAGCUCUGCACCAAGGUGCUGGAGCUCGAGAGCACGAAUGUGAAAGCACUGUACAGACGUGCCCAAGCUUACAUGAACAUGGCCGACCUGGAUUUGGCCGAGAUUGAUAUCAAGAAGGCACUUGAAAUCGACCCAGCCAACAGGGAUGUGAAGCUCGAGUACAAAGUUCUCAAGGAGAAGGUGAAGGAAUUCAACAAGAAAGACGCCAAGUUCUACGGCAACAUGUUCGCGAAGCUGACUAAGACGCAGCCUUACGACGCUGCCAAUAAUGGGGCAGCGAAGGAGGCGGCCGAGCCCAUGAGCAUCGACAGCAAGGCUUGAAGACCUGUAGCUUGAACUCUCUAAACUUUUCACUGAUUUGUACUCUACUUUGUUUCGUAUGAAUCGAGGGGUUGUGUUUUUCCAGUUACAAUCACGUGUACUCUUCUUGUCCUUUGGUGGUUAGUUGUUUGCUGAUUUAUACACAUAAUCUAAUGAGGCUUUGGAUAA